UCACGCAUGCACGAACAAUUCAUGGCAUGUUUUCGUGAGGCUUUAUUUUCGAUUUCUAAACUUACAGUAGAAAUCUAGGGCGAAUGUAGUGUGUAGUUUACUUUGGGUCAAAUUAUAAUUUUUUAUUUGCUUGAUAAAAUAAUUUACCUAUUGAAACUUAUUUGAGAAUAUUGGUGCCUGUGUACGGUGGCUGUUCGUAUUAAACUCUUGCACAAGGGCGACGCCGGAAUAAUAGUGGAGGUCAGAUACAGUACUGGGCAUGAGAAUAACAAGGCUGGAAGGAGUUAAAUGCUAGGUAUUCUCACGUACCUGGUCAAACUGGAUGAGUAACUCUACAGUUUCAGGCUAUAAAAAGAGAAAGGAGGAGGGGUGGUCAAUAAAGCGACAGAAGCAGUAAGGACUGAGCGGUCGAGGCAGUAAGGACACUUUUCAUUCAAAAAUGUUUGGUGGCUUGCUGUGGAAGCCUUUUUCUGCCGUAACGUGGGGAUCUGGCUCGUUGUUCUGACCUGUACUUGAGCCGUCACCGUCUUCAUUGAGGAUUUAGCAAUGGAUGAUAUCUCACAAUACUUAGUCAAUCACCUGGUGACCUUCUCCCUGCAGGGUGGGGAGGUCCAGAGCGUGGAGGAGGCCCUGUCACGGCUCUCCCACCUGGCCCGCACAGACCGCCUCUGGAGCCAGGAAAUGCUGGUAGAAGUCAGUCGGGACACCGUCAGGCUGAGGGAUGCUCAGAACCAGGAUGAGCUGGAGGCUUACCCCGUCUCCUGCAUCCAUCGCUGUGACGCUAUCCUCACAGAGAAACAGUUUCCAUCCUUGCUGCUCCUUGUGUGUCAGUACGGUCCCCGAAAAAAGCCCGACGUUCAUUUCUUCAACUGUGAGAACGUAGGGGCGGAGCCGAUCCGUGAUGACAUCAUCAGUGCAGUGUCUGAUCACACAUCGAAGACUAACAGGCGUCCUGAGGUUUUGAGGAUGAACCGGGCCCUAUUGGUACAACCUUCUACUGCCACUGGAGCCAUGAAGGAACAGGGCCCCCAGGGGAUUCCCAACCCUCCCCUGCUGCAAGCCCCCAACCUUCCUCCCUCCACGCCUCCCCCACACUCAGGAAUGAAAGUGAACGGAUCCAGUGGUGACCAGGCCAAUCAGGCUUUCAGACAGGCCCAGAGAGAAGUGGAAAUCCUUAACCACUGUUUCAACGACAUUGAGAUCUUCAUGGGCAAGCUGCAGAAAUCGGCCGAGGCCCACAGCAUCCUGAGCCAGAGGAGCAAGAAGAAGAAGAAAAGCAGCAAAAAUGCAGAAGAUGACUUACUCACCCUGAGAGCACGUCCACCUUCUGAAAAUGAAUUCAUUGAUAUCUUUCAGAAAUUCAAGUACUGCUUCAGUCUGUUGGCCCGGCUAAGAACGUCCAUCACAAACCCAAGCUCAGAAGAGCUGCUUCACCAUGUCUUCAAACCCCUGGAUAUGAUCGUGAAGACCACGGGGGGGCCGACGCUGGGAGCGGGGGUAGCCAGCCCAGCCCUGACCGAUACAGCUGUGCAACUGCUGCAGGAGAACCUGACUCCAGAAGAGACACAGCUGUGGACAGCACUGGGACCCAACUGGACACAACCACGCUCUCAGCAGCGAGGCCCAGUUCUGCCCUACACCCCCGUCUUCCUGGAUGGCUGGAAGCCCGACCCAGUCGACCCGCAUGGACAGGUGUGGGAGGAUCCCAUAGAGGCACAACACAAACUGGACUCUCAGAGAAAGCAGCAGGGCAUGGGCCCUCCCUCCUCUCGCCAACAGAGGUCUUCUUUUCGGUCGGAGGAGCUUCCCAAGUUUGCGGCACAUACUGGCGACGAAGUGGAGGGUAGUGAUCUUCCUCCGGAGACAGAGAGACUCUACUGCUGCAGCUAUGACUUUGUGGCUCGGAACAGCAGCGAGCUGUCUGUGCUGCAUGGAGAGACCCUGGAGGUGAUUGAGUCAUCAAAGCGAUGGUGGAAGUGUCGCAAUCGGUUCGAUCAGAUCGGCUUUGUGCCCUUCAACAUCCUGGAGCCGCUGUCCGCUUUGAACGACACGAACAUGCAAAACCUGAACGAUCAGACGAAAUCCAAGGUGAGUGGGUCUCCUUCUGAUAGGUAGCUGGGCCCCACUCACUCCGGCAGGACA